UCUUGUUUGUGCAGGAAUCUCCUCCUCUCUCUCUCCUCUCCCUCUACUAAAGACUCUAUGACGGUGCAGAGAGGAAAGAAGCUCAGCAUCUCCAUCCAGGAGCACAUGGCCAUAGACGUCUGUCCUGGUCCCAUCAGACCCAUCCAGCAGAUCUCCGCCUACUUCCCCCGCCUCUCCCCCUCGUCCCCCAUCCCCUCCUCCUUCCCGGUGGCCCUCAGCCCCCCGGCUGCGGCGGCGUCGGUGGGCGGGGCCAACUUGCUGUCCCCGCUCUGGGCCCGGUGGGGGCGGGGCGGGUCGGCGUCCCAGAACAGCAGCGUGGAAACGUCAGUGGACAUCAACAGCGAGGACAGCGACGACAGCACCGCUCUGGGAACGCUGGAGUUCGAGCUGCGCUACGACGUGAGCUGCAGCGAGCUGCGCUGCACCGUGCUGCGGGCCAAGGGUCUGAAGCCCAUGGAUUUCAACGGUUUAGCUGAUCCCUAUGUCAAGCUGCACCUGCUGCCUGGCGCCAGCAAGGCCAACAAGCUGAAGACAAAGACGAUCAGAAACACGUUGAAUCCCUUCUGGAACGAGACGCUCACCUACUGUGGGAUCACAGAGGAGGACAUGCACAGGAAGACGCUCAGGUUGACCGUCUGUGAUGAGGACAAGUUGACUCAUAACGAGUUGAUCGGAGAGUCCCGGGUUCCCCUGAAGCGGGUCAAACCGGACCAGUCCAAACAUUUCCACACAUGCCUGGAGCAUCCGCCGCCGCUGCCGUCCCCCACCGCCAUGGGAGAAGCUCUGAGAGGAAUAUCCUGCUACCUGAGAGAGUGGGAGAACGAGCAGCUGCACAGCCUGGAGGAGCGAGGCCGGCUGCUGCUGUCCCUGCAGUUCCUGCCCUCCGUCCGUCCUGAUGGCGCUGAUGGAGGUGAAGGCCCGCUCAGUGGCGCCCUCUGUGUCGGCGUGAGGCGCUGCACUCACCUGGCGGCCAUGGACGUCAAUGGAUUCUCUGACCCUUAUGUCAAACUAUACCUGAAGCCCGACAUCCUGAAGAAAUCCAAACACAAAACCGCCGUGAUGAAGAAAACCCUGAACCCAGAGUUCAACCAGGAGUUUUUCUAUGACGUCUCGCUGUCAGAGUUGGCCAAGAAGACUCUGGAGGUGACGGUGUGGGACCAUGACCUGGGGCGGUCCAACGACUUCAUUGGUGGCGUCUACCUGAGCUGCCGCUCUCAGGGCGACGCCCUUCGCCACUGGAUGGACUGCCUGAAGAACAAAGGUCAGCGGGUGGAGCGCUGGCACAUCCUGACCAAUGAGCUGCCGCGGAGCUCCAGUCACGACUAACGCUGCCGCCUGCGGUCGGCGCGCCUUCGUCUCUGACCAUCUGGAAACGUUUCAGCAUGUUUACAGGGCGAUCCGCCCCGUCUUGGACCGACACUUCACUCUCUGCAUGAAGCCGUUAUUAUUAUUAUUGAUUAUUGGUCGUAUGAUUUGUGAACUCUUGGAUUUCGGAGCCUUUAAAGUCCCACUGCAGCGUUAGACACUGUCAGUAGAGGCCGGUGACCUCUGACCUUUGCCCUGGUGACGGAGCCGCCUUCAACUGGUCCUUCAGGCUCCGUCCCUUAAUGGAGGAGAGGCUCGUCCCACCGCCUGACGGUCCAGUUCCAGGAGCUUCCAGAGCCAGAGUUGUGAAAAAGUCAAUGAAAUCUGAGUAAACGUUUGCAAUUAGAGAUUACUGAUAAUCCAGAUUAUUGAUAAUCCAGAUGACUGAUAAUCCAGAUGACUGAUAAUCCAGAUGACUGAUAAUCCAGAUGACUGAUAAUCCAGAUUACUGAUAAUCCAGAUUACUGAUGAUCCAGAUUAUUGAUAAUUCAGUAGGUUCUUCAGGGUACUUGUUUGCUCCAGACAAUGUUUUUUGUCAGGAUGGUGUCAAAGGUCAUCUGUUGCCUGGAAUCCAGAAAGGAAGACGAUCCGGCGGACCAGAAACGCUCGGCUCCAUCAGGAUGACGGGAACUGCCGUCAUCCUGGGCAUCAAAGUUUGGCUCAACGAUCCGUCACAAAGCCAAACAUGUCGACGUUACUUCCUGUAGUUCUGAAGGUUCUGGUCGUUCACAUGGAAACUCAACGUCAGAUUAUUAAAUCAGAUUUUAUCCAGAAAUAUCUAUUUCUUUCUCAGCAUUACUGCAUUAAUGCAGCGUAGCAUGGAAACCAGCCUGAGGUUCUGGAGGUCCAGAUUGCUUUGGUAGCGGCCAUCAUUGUUGGUUCUGCCUCCUCUUCCUGACAGAACCUUUUGGAUUGUUUCUGCCGCUGCUUGACUGAAGGGCUCAGAAAACCCAGCGAACCCGAACCAGAACCAGGAGAUGGUACCACAUCACCAUACCACCUCCUGAAACCUGGUUCUGGUUCAUGGCUGCUCUCAU